AAUGAUCUUCAAAACUUAGUAUAUAAUGGUGUCUAGAAUUAGCGACGACACAGUCUGAACCAUUAGCAACAUGGGUAAAGAUCGCAGAAGCUCAGUUCGAGUAGGAGAUAUCUUGAACGACAGUCAACUGUGUCAUAUAAUAAAGAAAUGGAUUGGAGAAGGAAGCUGGCAGAUGGUGAGUGCGGAGCUCAGACCAGCAGCGGUGGAAGGAAUAGCAGGUUUUCUCGGUGACCACUUUAGACUGACCGUGCGACUCAAGCUGGAGGGACGCCUGGUGACUAUCCCCUUGUUCGUCAAGUCUCUGCCGCUGAACAAUAAGCCGAAAGCGGAUUUUAUUAAUGAGCAUCAUUUUAACAAGAAGGAAGUGGCGAUAUUCAAAUUGAUAGACGAAAUGGAUAUAGAAGGUCCAAACCCGUUUGUGGCUAACGCGCUUCUCUACAACGAGUCCAUCCUGGUGAUGCGCGACUUGACUCCCGAGGGUUACACCACCACCAACCAGCUGGAGACCUUCGACCUUCCCCAUGUGCUGGUCACCCUCGCCUCUGUAGCACGCUUCCAUGCUGCUUUUGCGAACCAUGAGACCAAUAAAGGCCUCGCUCUUCAACGCCCAUACUCAAUCUUAGAAGAACAUGGCACCGUCACUGUUGAGCACAACUUUAAAGACACGCUUUGGAUCCACGCAGGAGCCAAACUUAGCGCCAACAUCAUCAAAAGUUUCUCAGACAAAUACAGAUCCGUCCCUGAUCUAGAAGCUAAAUUGUUGAAACAGUUCUUAGAAGCUUGUGAUGAGUUAACAGAGCACAAGGACACCUUAAACGUGGUGCUCCACAAGGAUCUUUGGGUCAAUAACAUCAUGUUCAAAUAUGAAAACGGCGAGCCGAUAAAUUCAAUCUUAGUGGACUUCCAGUGUGUGCGCUACGGACCGCCCGCUUUCGACGUUACUUUCUUCAUAUACACCACUACCUCGCGGAGCUUCCGCGACCAACAUGAGGCUACUUAUCUUAAACACUACUUUGAAAUCUUUACAGAAUGCUUAGACGUGCAUACCAAGUUGCGUCUUAAAGGUUUAGGGUAUGAUUUUGAAGAGUUUCUCCGCUGGAUAGAGUUUAGUAGAAGAUUCGCAGUUCUCGGAGGGCUUAUGUUGGGUCCGUACGUCCUGAUGGAUCCAGAGACGGCUCGGGUGAACUUUGAUGACCCGGCCACGUUCGAGAAGUACACUAAUGAGGACCGUUCGGAGCCUGUGUUGGCGCAUGCGCGCCGCUGUCCAGAGUACAAGCGGCGGCUGGUUGAUAUAAACGAGGAAUUUGUGGAGAGAUACGUGCGACCUUAGAGCCGAGUAUGAAGAGUUAAAGUAGUCCUGGACAAAGCUGUUAGGUAUAUGAGAUAUAAUUUGUGAUAAUUUUAUACUAUUACUUGCUAUUACUAUUGAUUGUACUGUUUUAAACUGUUCCUUAGUUGAAAAAACGCGCUCCGUGCUAAAUUAAUUCGUUUUCCCUUCAUAUUUGUAUUGGUCACUCAGAAACGUCCAAUCUACGGUUAAAUUAUGAAACUUAGUUGAUAAUUGAGUUAUGAAACUUUAACACGAAGCGCACAAUCUAGGUCAUUGGUCGAAUUGUACUAAUACAUACCUACUAGGUAUAGGUAUUUGUAUAUUCUCAAUUAGAACUUUAGAAAAUGUGAUGGGUAGUUACCUAGUAUGUAAAUAUUUAAAUUAAGUAAUCUAUCAAUAUCUAAAUAGCUAUAUACCAAUGAUGUUACCUAUAUUUUUUAUUUUAUAUAGCAGCGUGUUUUAGUUGUUAUUCAAAGUGGUAGGUACAUAUAUAGUUAUUAAAUUUUAAAACACUACCUAGUAAAUGUAAUUAUGUAUCUUAAUACUUAUAGGAUAAUGUAGUAAUCUAUUGAGCACUACUAAGUUACACGCAGUCAUUUUUGUUGCA